AUGGACGAAUUCGGGUUCAUCAAGCACUUCCGGCCGCGAACUGUCCUGGAUGCAGGAGCCAACGUGGGGUAUGCGACGCUCAUAUUCUCCACUUUCUUCCCCAACGCUACUGUGGUCGCCAUAGAGGCGAGUGACAAGAACUACGAGGAAUGGGACACAAACGAAGACGAGGGAGGGGUGGCAGUAUGUGGUUACGCCGGUGCCCUCUAA